CUCAUGGCUCUCUUUGUCCCUUAUCGGCUCACGUUCUCACUUUGUCGCUCCAGAGCCAGAGUUUCGUUCACCGCCAGGCAAGCGAAAGAAGAUAGAAGAACGACAUCAAGCCCUAAUCAGAAUCCAUGGCUUUGACUCUUUUAUAGGUACCCUUCUUCGAUCCAGUUCUGAAGAACUAGAUAUCAAGCGCUGGCUUCGCUCAGGUUCGUGAGGUGAGGUGCGGCGCGGGUAUGCGGCAUAGGGUUGGUGUUCGAUCUGAGGUUCAGCGCUUUGUCUUUACGGUUCGUGGAGUUGGGAGCCCUAGAUUUGGCGCUUGUUGGCCGUGAACACGUUUUCCCGUGCGAUCUGGGUUUGGAAACCAGAGGGAUUGCUUCUCUCGGCGGCGUCUGUAUUGUUUGGUUUUCUCUGUGACUGCGGAUUGGGAUUGUGGCUGCCCAUGCGAUUGGGUUGGUUUUCAUGCCGCCAGAACCAUUGCCUUGGGAUCGGAAGGACUUCUUCAAGGAGAGGAAGCACGAGAGGUCGUCGGAGUCGCUAGCGUCCGUGGCUAGAUGGAGGGACUCUUCGCAUCACGGAUCUCGUGAGUUCAAUCGCUGGGGAUCCGCCGAUUUUCGCAGGCCACCAGGUCAUGGUAAGCAGGGUGGUUGGCACCUUUUUUCCGAAGAAUCUGGUCAUGGGUAUGUGCCUUCUCGGUCUGGUGACAAGAUGCUGGAAGAUGACAGCUGCAGGCCAUCUAUAUCGCGCGGAGAUGGAAAAUAUGGCAGGAGCAGUAGGGAAAAUAGAUUGGGUCAGAGGGAUUGGAAAGGUCAUUCCUGGGAAACAAGCAAUGGGUCUCCAAAUACGUCUGGGAGGCUACUCGAUGUGAGUAAUAAUGAUCUGAGGUCAGUGGAUGAUAUGAUAGCUUGCCCCUCUCAUCCUAAUUCUGACUUUGUGAAUACAUGGGAUCAGCUUCACUUGAAAGACCAGCAUGAUAAGAUGGGUGGUGUCAAUGGGUUGGGAACAGGCCAGAGAUGUGAUAGAGAGAACUCACUGGGCUCGUCUGAUUGGAAACCUCUAAGGUGGAGCCGUUCCGGAAGCUUGUCUUCACGGGGUUCGGGUUUCAGUCAUUCAAGUAGCUCGAAGAGCAUGGGGGGCGUGGAUUCUAAUGAAACAAAGGUUGAUAUGCAGCUGAAAAAUGCAACUCCUGUCCAGUCCCCUUCAGGCGAUGCUGCUGCUUGUGUGACGUCUGCUGCUCCAUCUGAAGAAACAACUUCCAAGAAGAAGGCUCGACUUAAUUGGGGUGAGGGACUAGCAAAGUAUGAAAAAAAGAAAGUUGAAGGCCCUGAAGUUAGUGUGAGCAAAGAUGGGGCUAUCAUUACAACUUGUAAUGCAGAAUCCACCCAUUCAUUCGUUUCAAAUAUGGCCGACAAAAGCCCCCGUGUCGUAGGGUUUUCAGAUUGUGCGUCACCUGCAACUCCAUCUUCAGUUGCAUGCAGCUCCUCACCAGGUGUGGAAGAGAAGUCAUUUGGCAAGGCAGCAAAUAUUGAUAAUGAUAUUAAUAAUUUAUGCGUUUCACCUAGUUCUGGUUCUCAAAAUCAUCUCGAGGGAUUUCCUUUUAAUUUAGAGAAGUUAGAUAUGAACUUGAUAGCUAAUUUGGGCUCUCAACUCAUUGAAUUGUUGCAAUCCGAUGACUCAAGCACCGUGGAUUCUAGUUUUGUGAGAUCCACUACUAUUAAUAAGUUAUCAAUAUGUAAAAGUGAAGUUUCAAAGGCGCUGGAGGUGACUGAAUCUGAAAUUGAUUUACUUGAAAAUGAACUUAAGUUACUGAAGUCUCAAUCUGAAAGUGGUGAUCCCUGUCCAGCUGCAUCCAGUUCUUUGGCAGUGGAGAACAAUACAAAGCCCUGUAAAGAUGAUGCUGUCUCCAAUUUGACCCUCAGACCCACACCAUUGCAAGUUGUUUCUUCUGGGGAUGCAGCUGUGGAGAAUACACCUCUGUGUAAUGGUGCCUUGGAAGAAGUUCAUGCAACUAUUAAGGAUGAGGAUAUUGAUAGUCCUGGAACUGCAACGUCUAAGUUUGUUGAACCUCCUCUUACUUUGGUGAAUGCAGUCUCUUCACCUGGUAAGGUGGAACAUGGUGAUUCUGCUGGUGAUUUUGAUGCAAUUCAAAUUCAGUCUCAAAACAUGAAUUUGAAAUGCUCAGUGCCUUGUUCUGGUGGGGAAAAGACUGGUAAACCUGUUUUCAUUGACAUGAGCCUGCAUACAGGCGGAGAAGAUAUAUUAUGUAAUGUAAUAUUGACUACUAAUAGAGAAUGUGCAGAUAGUGCAUCUGAAGUAUUCAGUAAACUAUUUCCGAGGGAUCAACAUAUGACCAAUAUUUCUCGAGCUGCCAAUUUCUGGUCCUGUCAGAGUGCUUCUUUAGUCAAAGAAAAAUUUGGAAUGAGGAAGCAGUUUUUAAGAUUUAAGGAGAGGGUUUUAAUGCUAAAGUUUAAAAUCUUUCGGCACCUUUGGAAGGAAGAUAUGCGAUUGCUUUCUGUGAGGAAACACCGUCCAAAAUCUCAGAAAAAAUUUGACUUGAGCUUGCGUGCAACACUUGGUGGGAUUCAGAAGCAUCGAUCCUCUAUUCGCUCUCGUUUUUCUUCUCCCGCAGGAAAUCUGAGCCUGGUCCCUACCGCAGAGAUGCUCAAUUUUACAAGCAAGCUGCUUUCAGAUUCCCAAGUAAAGGUUUACAGCAACACUUUGAAGAUGCCGUCCUUAAUUUUGGACAAAAAGGAAAAAAUGGUGUCAAGGUUUAUCUCUAGUAAUGGAUUAGUUGAAGAUCCCUGGGCUGUUGAGAAAGAGCGGGCUCUGAUCAACCCCUGGACGCCUGAAGAGAAAGAAAUUUUCAUGGAUAAGCUAACCACCUUUGGGAAAGAUUUCUGGAAAAUUGCUUCUUUCCUCGACCACAAGACAACAGCAGAUUGUGUGGAGUUCUACUACAAAAAUCACAAAUCUGACUGUUUCGAGAAAACAAAGAAACAGGGUUGCAGUAAACAAGCAAAGUCCUUCUUUCCUAGUACCUAUCUGGUGACAUCAGGGAAAAAGUGGAAUCGGGAGAUGAAUGCUGCUUCACUUGACAUGUUAGGUGCAGUUUCAAUGAUGGCAGCUCGAGCUGAUGACCGUGCAAGGAGUCGGCAAUCAAGUGCUGGACGAGUCUUUUUAGGUGGCUACAGUGAUUCAAAAACAUUAUGGGGUGAUGAUGGAAUUUUGGAAAGGUCUAGUAGUCUUGAUAUUCUUGGGAAUGAAAGAGAAACAGUUGCUGCUGAUGUGUUAGCUGGUAUAUGUGGUUCCCUGUCAUCAGAGGCUAUGAGUUCUUGCAUCACAACUUCCAUUGACCCUGGAGAGAGCUAUCGGGAAUGGAAGUGCCAAAAAGUGGACUCUCUAAAGCGGCCUUUGACACCUGAUGUUACACAGAAUGUUGAUGAUGAGACUUGUUCUGAUGAGAGCUGUGGGGAAAUGGAUCCUUCUGAUUGGACAGACGAGGAGAAGUCUAUCUUUAUACAGGCUGUGUCAUCGUAUGGCAAGGAUUUUGUGAUGAUCUCAAGAUGCGUAAGGACAAGAUCACGGGACCAAUGCAAGGUUUUUUUUAGCAAGGCUCGGAAGUGCCUUGGACUGGAUUUGAUGCAUCCUGGGCCUAGAAAUGUAGGAACACCAGUGAGUGAUGACGCUAAUGGAGGUGGAAGUGACACAGAAGAUGCUUGUGUUGUAGAGACUGGUGAGACUGGCUCGGUUAUCUGUGGCAAUAAUUCUGGCUGUAAACUGGAUGAGGACUUGCCUUUGUCCACCAUGAACAUGAACCAUGACGAAACUGAUCCUGCCAAGAUUGUGAACUUGCAAUCUGAUCUGAACAAGUCACAGGAAAAUAAUGGGAUUGGACAUAUGGACCAUGAACUUGAGGCUGUGGAAACAUUGGCUUCUGAUGCAUGUCCGUCAGAGAAGAGUCCUGAGCUAGUUUUUCAUGGUGACAGCGAUAUUGGGGAUGCUGUUAAAAACCAGUCUGAGUCGGUGCAUGCUCAGAAAUGUGCAGUUGUCUUGGCCAAUACAGAACCUGGAGGAGAUGAAGUGAUUGAACAGGGUAUUUCGAUCACAGGAUCAGUAGCUGUCGUAGAAGGAAUCAAUCCUGUCCCAUUGAGUUCAGAAGCGUUGCUGGAGAAUAAAGCUGUUGCUUCUGAGGGAUUUGAAAAUGAAUUAGCAGGGCAAGAGUUGCUGUUGCCUGAAAGUUGUUUGAAUGAUAGACGAGAUGAAAAAUCUGAUGGAGAUACAAUUGGCCCUAGUAGCUUGCAAUGCUCGAAUCAAGAUUCAAAUACAACAGGAAAUGCAUCCCAUGUGGCUGCAGAGAGUUCUGGUUUCAGUCUCAACCCUGAAUAUCAGCAUAAAGUUUCCUUGGAGCUGGAUUCAAUGGAAAAGCCUCAUGUCAUCUCUUUGCCACAGCAGAGUUCUCCUUCUGCAACUUCUGUGUCUCAAGAUUCUGCCGCCAUUUUGUGUGAUAAAACACUAAAUCAAGAUAGAUUGUCAUCGACACUUGAUUUUCAUGGGAACAGGGAUAAGCAGUCUCCUAAAUCUGUUAGUAGAGAUGACUUUCACCAGCAUUUGUCAGGCAAUCCUUUAUUGAAUCACGUUGAAUCCUCCCAGAUUCUCAGGGGCUAUCCAUUGCAGAUGUCGAACAAGAAAGAUAUGAAUGGGGAUGUUAAUUGCAGAAAGCUUUCUGAAGUUCAAACCCUGCCACAGUCGGACAGGAUUAUUUCCACUCGAUAUGUGCCACAGGAUUGCUAUCUUCAGAAGUGCAGCAGUUCAAAGCCUCACUGCUCAGUGGCUGAACUUCCACUUCUGUCCCAGAAGAUAGAACAAACAAGUGUUCAUUCGAGAGCUCAUUCACGGAGUCUGUCAGAUACGGAUAAACCAUGCAGGAAUGGUGAUGUGAAACUGUUUGGUCAGAUUCUCAGUAAUCCAUCGUCUACGCAGAUUCCAAAUUCUAGCACCCAUGAGAAUGACGAAAAGGGGAUCCAUAAUCCUAAAUUAAGCAGCAAAUCUAAUUUAAAGUUUUCUGGCCACCACAAUAUGGAUGGAAAUUCAAAUCUCCUUAAGUUUGAUCGGAAUAAUUACCUCGGCCUUGAGAAUGUUGCAAUGAGGAGUUUUGGUUUCUGGGAUGGGAAUAGAAUACAAACUGGAUUUUCAUCUUUUCCUGAUUCUGCUAUCUUGUUGGCCAAAUAUCCUGCUGCUUUUGGCAAUUAUCCCACACCGCCUCCCAAGGUUGACCCUCCGCCAUUGCAGGCAGUUGGCAAGAGUAAUGAACGAAAUUUGAACGGUGUAUCGGUUUUUCCAUCAAGGGAAAUAAGUAGCAGCAAUGGAGUGGUUGAUUAUCAGGUGUAUAGGAGCCGAGAGGGCUCUAAAGUUCAGCCAUUUGCAGUAGAUAUGAAACAGCGGCAAGACAUUUUUUCUGAGAUGCAAAGACGAAAUGGGUUUGAAGGGGUGCAGCCACAGGGGAGGGGGGUGGUUGGUAUGAAUAUGAAUGUAGUAGGAAGGGCAGGAGUUCUUGUCGGGGGACCAUGCACUGGUGUUUCUGAUCCUGUGGCAGCCAUUAAAAUGCACUAUGCAAAAACCGACCAGUAUGGCGGGCAGACAGGGAGCAUCACAAGAGAGGAGGAAUCUUGGAUAGGUAAGGGGGACAUAGGUAGGUAGUACAUGUGCUCGGGGGGCCUCUUUAAGAGGCCCUCAGCGGUAAAAGAGGGCCCUCAGCGGCAAAUAUCUUUCUUUUCCGCGCCCUGUAUUAUAGUUUUUGUAUUGUUCAAUUAUAUGAUAGGGCAGUGGACGGUUCUCAAAGGCCGUCUUUUUGGUAAAGUAUUUUAGGUGCUUGUAAUAUUCCAGCAGCUUUAUAUUUGUUGUAUUGGAUGGAAAUACAGAAAUAAUCUGUGAAAGUUGGCAGGGGUAGUUCCAAUUUCUUCC